CGGAAGUGUCUGGAGGGCGGGGCUGGUUGCCGCGGCAACGCGGGGCUGUUUACGAGCGGGCAGCGCCGGUUCGGUGGAUGAAGGCAGAGGCCGUCCUGCGCGCUUGAGAGGAGGCGCCGGAGCAUGAAGCGCUGUCGGCGGGGCAAAUUGAACCCCCGUGCCGCGAAGGACCGGUCAACGAUCAUCCUGCUCCGUCUUCGGCAAAAGGCACGCGCGGCCGCGCGUAGAAAGCCGCCGAGCUUUUGAGUCGUCGCUCGCAGAAGGCUUCAGCGUGCCGAGACGUCCGCAGCGGCUCCAAGGAUUUAAAAGACGAGACUUUUAAAAGUGCAGCUCAUUUCGCCUCAAAGUCCCAACCUGGGGACGUGCGGCUGCAGGGAAGAACCAGCAACGAAUCGCUGCUACCUUCGAUUAGUGCCGAACGCUGGAAUAAAGUGUCUUGAGAAGCAAUGGCCACAGCAGCACAUCUGAAUAUAGCACCAUCUGAAUGCAACACCCCUUCAAGCACUGCAGGAACUUUCAUUUGGCAGUCAGACACCAUCAAUAUGCACGUCACCAGGCCGAAAUCUGCCAAGGGACGUACCAGAUCAAGUUUGAACUACUCCCAUAGUGUGGAGUCCUGUUCUUACAGAGUGCCAUCCUCCCCUCAGCCAGCAGCUCCCUAUGAAGCAGCAAGCAGUCAGAGAGCAUCUUCUACAAAGCCAUCCUACCACCCAGGCCAGGUGUCACCUGAUGAAAUCCCAGAGCUCCUCCAACAGGUGCCUCUGAGGACCUCCUCUUCCCUAAAUAAGUACAGAGUGCUUCCUUCCAUCAGCAGGAAGGGUCUGGGGAAGAGUGCUGUGGAAACCGUGACUGAGCAGACCAACAAACUGAAAGUGAGCAACAGACAGGAAGAGGAGCAAGAAACCAAAGCUUGUACUGGAGAAGCAGUAUUCACCAGCACAGUCAAGAAUGUAGGGGUCAGCUCACGUGUUCAGUCCCUCACAUUUGAGAAGCCCCUAAGAAAAACCAGAGAAGAAAGUACUUCAUCACUGGUUUUAAACUUGGAGGAGCCAUCCAAGAAAGAGCCUAGAUUGCUGCUUGCUGUUAGGUCUCCUUCUGGUCAGAGAUUUGAACAUCAUUUCAAGCCUACAGAUAGCCUUCAAACAGUCCUUGCUGUGGCAGAAAAAAAGAAUACCACCAAGUACAAACACUGCAGUGUUGAAACUAUGGAAGUGCCUAGGAGGAGCUUUUCUGACCUUACAAAGUCCCUGCAAGAGUGUGGAAUCCUACACAAGUCAGUGUUGUGUAUCCUACAGCAAGAGCAAGAUGGAGAUCUCUGAGUGUACACCCCCUGUCACCCCAAGCAUGUGACUUCUUGGGUGCCAUGGAUUUCCUUUUGAUGAGUGGUGUGAAGAACUGAACCAGCCUGAUGCGUCUUACUGGUCUAGUUCUUACUCCUGUCUUCCAAGCAGUUGCUUUGCAGUAGACUGGUGUAUAAAAGGAGUGUGCUGAAAUACACUUUAAAAUAAUUAAGUAGUAUGUACACGCCUCUUUAAGAGGCUGUAUUUUCCAUGUGUACAGUCUCAUUUUUUGAGAGCUGGUCAUCAGUUCUUGGGCUUUUUAAUAUUUCUAACUGUUGUUUUAAAACAGUUUCAAUUCUUCUAGGAAGACCUAAAACUUCUAAUGCACUCUUCCUUGGGUGGGAGGCCUGUCUUUCAUCUUUACUUCGCUCAAAGAAGGUAGCACUUUCCAAAAUGGAUUCUGAUCCCAAUUAAUACAUGUGGUUGGGAAGAUAAAAGCAGCACUCCUUUUGUUCCUUACUAUUCCAUUAUCUUCAUCAUAAAGAAAUAUCUUAUUGGCUUCAAGAGCAGCUACAACCCAGGUAGUGACUCAGAACACUGUGUGAAAGCAAUAAUACAUCAAAAGUAUGCGAGAAGAAAUAAGUUUUGGGCUGGGUUAAAGUGCAAGGUCAGGGAUAAGUACAGUCAAGGUUGCAGCUAUUCCUGGACAACUUCAGUGCCUCUCCCAAGAGCGUGACUGGCUUUGUCCUCUUAAAAAAACAAAACAACUUCCUGGUAAGAAGGCCUGACUAUGCUGGAACCUGGCAGGAUGCUGUUAUGCUUAUUAGGUCUUUGUUUUUUCUAGUGCAUGAGGUCCAUAAUUAAGGGUGGUUCAUCUGUGGUAAUUUCCAUGUUCCAGCGCUAUUGUUUGUUAACCGAUAUUGCAAUUUAACAUUCUCUUUAUAUUGAAAAGAGUUCACCUGAGCAAUUGCUGCUUCAGAGUCUGGCUAAGCCGAGCAGAGUACUGCUGGGGCUGUUAACCUGGUAGACUACCCCUCCUUAAUGGGGGCUCUUCCAGAGUGAUUCAUUUUUUGUUUCAGAAAAUCAGCCUGCCAGAGUAGAAUGACUUUGGCUUUGUUUGGUAUUAAUACAUUGUUGUGCGUGUGCUAAAAAUUCUCCUCCCAUGUUUUCAGUGGUAAAAUCUUACUGUUCACGUGCAGUGGCUGUGUUUGAAUCCCCUGUAAUAGGGAAUGGAUUAACCUAUGUGAAUGGACAGCUUGCCAAAUAGGCUAUUUAGUAUUACAGGUUAAAACUUUUUGCCUUUGUGUAAUGGCCAAACCAAUUAAAAAAAAAAAAAAACUUGCUAGAAAACUUGCUUCUGCUGUGAUCACACGUGCUGAAUUAUUCAGUCCAAAACAAAAAUGCCUGGACUGGUAAUUAAGCCCUAUGAAACAGAAUGGUAUUUCUGCUGAAAUGUCAGCACUAGCUGAUGCUGCAAGCGAUGAUAUUUUGAAUUUGGUCUGAGGAAUAGCCUGAUAGAUUCAUAUUUGCAUUCUUACAGAGAAUGCAAUUAUCAGAACUUACAGCUCAUGAUUUAGAAAUCCUUUUGGGAACCUGAUAGAACAUGUCCUAGCAGCAAGGAGAGAAGGAUCUGUGUGAUCCACUUUGUAUAUUGAAGAAUACAAGCCAAACUUCUUGGACCUUUUGUUGGCAGUUGGCAAGAAAUGACUGCUUAAGUGGCAGAGCUGAGUUUUAUAUAUAGUAUUGCUGACCAGUGCACUGAAUAUAUGAACCUGCUACCAGUAAGAAAGAAUGGAGGCAUCUUUCACUGGAAGGGUUCCAUUCACUUUUAAUAAAUAUGCACGUAUAACCAGUGGUUCCCUGCCCUGCAGAGUGAGGUUCUUCUUUUUAAAUACUUAGUAGUGAAAUGUGACCAAAGCUCAGUUAUACAGUUAAUGUACAACUGCUUCCUCCUCCACAGAGAGCCCUGAUGGUUUUCCAACCCAUUCCUUUAAUGCAGCUGCUCAGUCAUUCUUCACACCUUUGCUAGGAUUAGAGAAUCACCUGUUGUAAUGGCAGCUAUUGAGAGAAGUGUCUUCGAGGGCUUUGCCAUAAAAAGAGGACUGCAGCUUGUCACAGACACUGUUAGGGUGGUUGGUACAGACAUUACAGUGGUCAACCCUUUCUGUCCCCAAAGCACCUGCUCAGCUAGUCACAUGACAUGCAGCAGGAAAUGGUGGUAAAUCAGGCUUAUGAAAUGAGCACUGUCACUUGAUUUAUCAUUUGUGAUGUGUGUAUGUUAUGUUUAAAGAUUUUUAAAUAAACUGCUUUAACCGUGUGUAAUGUUAAGACCAAUAAAGAUUUUCUGGCUGCA